AUGUCUAGCUGCGUGGCAGAAGGUUUUCUACAAAGUCGAACGCUGCCGCCAUUUCUGACAAUUCCCGUCGAGUUACCGAACCGCAAGACUGGCCAUGUCAAUAUUGGCCAUCCAUGCCCUUGGGCGCACUUUGGUUGGCAUAUUGACCCUCUGAGCAAGAGGGGGUGGACGUUCCAAGAGUUUCUACUGGCCAGACGCGUCUUAUUUUAUGGCCCAUAUGAACUCCUUUUUCAUUGCCAGGAGCUGGGGUUCCGAGCUCUUGCCCAAAGCUACAUCAACUAUCCGAGCAACGAGCAACCGUCUUCAAAAGUAUUCUUCAACUCGUCCGACAGGCACGGGUCCUGGUGCGAACUUUUGCGCCAGUAUACGUUUCGGACCCUUAGUGUCUACGACGACCGACCCCAAGCGAUCGCUGGAGUUGUCGUAGCUCUCGAAGAAGCCUGGGGUGAUAGGUGUGUGUUUGGGGCGUGGGUCAGCUACUUUUUGGAGCACUUGACGUGGUUCAACGUUGCAAACUUUCAUUUGCACCCAUCUUUGGAGAGGUCUAAUCGGGCACCAUCCUGGUCGUGGCUCUCAAUAGAUGGACACGUCGCUAUUCUCUGCAGAUCCAAGCUGCGGGCCGAUUGCACCAUCACCACCAAUCUAUUAGAUGUGGCCAAGGGUGCGAAACUUACCUUGGCUUGCAGGCUGAUUUCCCAGCUCGAAUGGCCGUCCCUAGAGUCAAGUCGCUUUACCAUUUACUGGGACCUCGAGCAAAGCGGCGAGGCUGGAGUCAAGCCCUGUUUCUACCUUUACCUCGGGAGCGAAUCGUAUCAGACCUCGGAGCAAUGGUUCCAUGCUUUUGCGCUAAUAACUAUCGAGGAACAGACAGAUGUGCUUCGCAGAAUCGGUAUAAUCGAUAUUCACACCCGCGAUGUGGCAACAAUGAGGGACGUUGAGAAAAAACUCCAGACAAGACGACACGUUGCACUUGUAUAG